CAUAACAAGAAGAAGAUUGAGAGAGAGAGAAUAGUAGCUGGAUUUGUGAGACGACGCAAAGAAAGAAAGAAAGAAAGCCUCCUCCUCCUGCUCAACUGAAUCUGAUCCAAUUUUACGAAACCAACCCCGCCCGCCCAGCCCACUUGAGGUUUAGGAUUAGGUUCAGCUCAAUUGUUUCUUCCUUCUCUUUUGUCUUCCUUCUUCCAUAAAUAUUUUACUCUCACCUCACCUCUCACCUCUCACCUCUCACAUUCAUUAUUAUUAACAUUACACAACUUUGUCAUUUUUAUUAUAUAUAUAUAUAUAUUCUAUUUAUUACAACAAUACAUACAUACUUGGUUCGUUAACGUUCUGACUAGCUCAGUUUUCAUUCAUCGUUCUAGAAACUUUUAGAACCACAUAAUACACUUUCUUCUUCUUCUUCUUCUUCUAGUUGUUUCUCUCUUAGGUGAUCUCCUUUUUUUACUUUCUAAAAAAUACAGAUGAAAAGGAAUAUUUCAGAUUUGGGUUCUCACCGGAUUGUUUUUAUGAUUUAAGAGUCUUUUAAAAAAAAAAAAAAAAAAAAAAUCUUCUUAAAAAAAAGAAAAGAAUCUGAGGAAUUUGAUUUUAAAGAAGAAUUCAGAAGGAAAUGGAAACGACGUCGUCUUCGUCUGUGAAACUGAAAUCAGUGGAUGAAGUGGUUGAAGAGAUUAUGAGAAUUCACAGAUCUUUACCGACCCGACCCGGAAUCGACGAGGUGGAGGCGGCGAAGGCGUUGAUCAUAAAUGUGGAGAGAGAAGACCAAGCGAGAGUGGAAGCCAUUGCUAGACAAAGCAAGAGCCCUCACGUCCCAGAAGAGCUAUUCAUGAUCUUGCAAGAGAUGCAGAAGAACUUGGUGUAUUUUCAAAGCAAAGAACAGAAGCGAGAGGCCUUGAAAUUGCUCGAUCUUGAAAACGCCCACUCUCUGUUCGAUGAAUUUAUUCAGAGAGCUUCCAAAUGCGUCCUCCCCAAGGACUCCAACACCAUUCAAACCACUCCCACCACUUCUUCUGCGGUGCCGACCACUUUAUCAUCGUCAUCCUCAUCCACAUCGUCAAGGCCGGCCUUGUACUACUCUGAGAGAGAACCAAUCAAGACCUCUGAAUUGUUCACCAGAGAUGACAGUUAUGUCAGGAAGACCAAAUCAUCAUCAUUCAAAACUGACGGAAUUGGAAUUGGAAUUGGAAUUGGAAUUGGGUUUGGACCCAGUACUACUUCAUCCACACCCCAGAUAUUCGAUUCGUCUUUAAAACCUCCUCCCAUUUCUGGUCAAGAUGGAGACAAACUGAGUUUGAUAAAGUUAGCUAGUUUAAUUGAAGUCUCUGCGAAGAAAGGCACUCGUGAUCUCAAUCUUCAGAACAAGCUUAUGGAUCAAAUUGAGUGGCUGCCUGACACCGUUGGGAAGUUGUCAAGUUUGAUCUCCCUGGAUUUUUCGGAGAAUCGGAUUGUGGCCUUACCAGCCACCAUUGGAGGCCUUUCAUCCUUGACAAAGUUGGAUUUGCAUGCUAACAGGAUCUCUGAACUCCCUGAAUCUAUAGGAGAUCUCCUUAACCUGAUCAAUCUAGACCUGAGGGGAAACCAGUUGUCAUAUCUCCCUGCUACCUUUGGCAGAUUAAUACGUCUUCAGGAGCUUGAUUUGAGCUCAAACCAACUCUAUUCACUUCCUGAGUUAAUAGGAUCGCUCGUUAGCCUAAGGAAGUUGAAUGUGGAAAUGAAUAAUAUUGAAGAGAUUCCACAUUCCAUUGGUCGGUGUACUUCACUCAGAGAGCUCCGUGCAGAUUAUAACCGGCUUAAAGCUCUUCCAGAAGCUGUAGGAAAAAUUAAUACCUUGGAGGUUUUGUCAGUCCGUUACAACAAUAUCAAACAAUUGCCUACAACAAUGUCAUCUCUAUCAGACCUCAGGGAGCUUGAUGUCAGUUUCAAUGAGCUUGAGUCUGUGCCCGAGAGCCUAUGUUUUGCUACCAAACUCGUCAAAAUGAACAUAGGAAACAAUUUUGCAGAUAUGAGAUCUCUACCGAGGUCUAUUGGGAACCUUGAGAUGCUUGAAGAGUUGGAUAUUAGCAACAACCAGAUUCGGUUUCUUCCUGACUCAUUUAGGAUGCUCACACGACUACGUGUACUCCAUGUGGAAGAAAAUCCUCUAGAAGUUCCACCAAGACAAAUAGCUGAAAAGGGUGCACAGGCUGUAGUUCAAUACAUGGUUGACCUCCAUGAGAAAGGGGAAAAGGGGGAUGUUAAAUCGCAAUCGGUUAAGCAGAAAAAGAGUUGGACUCGGAUGUGCUUCUUUUCAAGGUCUAACAAAAGGAAGCGUGGUGGUGCAGAUGAAGUGAGAGCCUGAUUGAUUAUAGCAUUGCAGACCAUAAAUGCGAUGCAGUUUUUAUGGAUAUCUGCCUUAGCAGGGUUGAUCAAUGCAGCAGACAUGUCACUGGUAUUGGUGGGUGUUUCAAAUUGGCUUUGACUUUUACCCUCUCAAACACUCGAAUUAUAGAUUUUUUUGUAAUAUGUUCUUAUCCACUGUAUUCUUUUUUGUAUUUCUGUUACCUUUGAGCCAAAUGAGGUGUACAAUUCAGCCGGCAAAUGGGGGAAUUAUAAUGUUGAACUCUGUAUUUCUCCCCCCCUUAUUCAUGAAGUUUGAGUGUUAACAUUUCUACCACUUCCGACAGACUUUUUUCCGAUUCAGAGAGAAAUGUAAAGGGCUCUGUUUUUGUUAGUUUAAUGCAACCAUUAAAUUGUAUUUUA